AUGUGGGUGAUUAAGGCAUUCCGCAGCUUCAAGCCAGAGCAUGCGCACCUGCCGCUGAAACUUMUUCCUGAGGAGCGCCUCCGGAAACUGUUUUCCUAUGAUGGAAUCUGGCUGUUUCCUAAAAAGCAGUGCAAAUGUGAAACCACCCAUCAGCAAGGAGGUUAUAACUUUCAGGAUGCCUAUAAUCAAAGCGAGCUCCCAGCGGUGAAGGCAAGGAGACAGGCUGAAUUUGAACACUUUCAGAGGAGAGAAGGGCUGCCACGCCCACCACCCCUGCUGGCCCAGCCCAACAUCCCCUUUGGGUACCCAGUGCACGGAGUAGAGGUGAUGCCCCUGCACACGAUUCUCAUCCCAGGUCUCCAGUUUGAAGGUCCAGAUGCCCCAGUCUAUGAGGUCACCCUGACAGCUUCUCUGGGGACAUUCAACACUCUUGCUGAUGUCCCAGGUGAUAUUGUGCAGGGCAGAGGCCAGAAGCAGCUGAUCAUUUCAACCAGUAGCCGGGAGCUUUUGAAGUUCAUUCUCCAGCAUGUGACAUAUACCAGCACAGGGUACCAGCACCACAAAGUGGACAUGGUGAUUCUGACAUCCAAAUCCUCAGUGGCCAAGUUCCCAGUGACCAUCCGCCAUCCGGUCAUACCCAAGUUGUAUGACCCUGGACCAGAGAAGAAGCUCAGAAAUCUGGUGACCAUUGCCACCAAGACUUUCCUCCGUCCCCACAAGCUUAAGGUCCUACUCCAGAGUAUUCGAGAGUAUUACCCAGAUGUGACUGUGAUCGUGGCUGAUGAUGGCAAGAAGCCCCUGGAAAUUAAAGAUGACUAUGUGGAGUAUUAUACAAUGCCCUUUGGGAAGGGUUGGUUUGCUGGUAGAAACCUGGCCAUAUCUCAGGUCACCACCAAAUAUGUUCUCUGGGUGGACGAUGACUUUGUCUUCAACAACAAGACCAAGAUUGAGGUGCUGGUGGAUGUCCUGGAGAAAACUGAGCUGGAUGUGGUGGGUGGCAGCGUGAUGGGGAACGUGUUCCAGUUCAAGCUGUUGCUGGAACAGAGCGAGGCUGGUGACUGUCUUCACAAGAGGAACGGAUGGUUCCAGCGCCUGGACGGCUUCCCCCGCUGUGUGGUGACCAGUGGCGUAGUCAACUUCUUCCUGGCCCACACGCAGCGACUCCUUAGAGUUGGCUUUGAUCCCCGGCUGCAACGUGUGGCGCAUUCAGAGUUUUUUAUUGAUGGGCUGGGGAGUCUGCUGGUGGGCUCAUGCCCAGAUGUGGUGGUCAGUCACCAGCCCCGCAGUCCAUCGGAGGACUCGGAGUUGGCCGCCCUGGAGAAGACGUACAGCAUAUACAGGACCAACACCAGGGCUGGGGUCCAGUUCAAACUGGCUCUCCACUACUUCAAGAACCAUCUCCAGUGCUCCACAUAAAGGCGCAGAGUACAGGAAAAGCUCUAGACUGACUGGUUGUGGGUAUCG